AUGGAAUCCGACGACGUGGUGGCAGUUUCUAGCGACGACGUUGGCGGUUUCCGACAGUGGGGCUUGUCAGCUCAACCGGUUUUCCUUUCCAUCUCCGAUGACCCCACUAAGCACACGAUCUUCCAUCUUACUGAUCGUCUUCGCCGGAGCAAUACGAUGAUGUCCGGUGAUGAUUUAGAAGGCAGGGGAAGAUCGAAGAACAGUACCAGAACUACAGAAAAUUAUCAUUCAUCGUAUGCAGAAAGCUAUUGGACUUCAUGGUUGAUCCCUGUUUUCGUGGUUGUUAAUAUCGCUGUUUUCGUUGUUCUCAUGUACGUCAAUGAUUGCCCUAAACACAAUCGUUCGCGUAUCUACGGCAAGUGUGUUGCGAGGUUUCUUGGUCGAUUCUCGUUUCAGCCCCUCAGAGAAAACCCUACCUUUGGUGCUUCAGCGAACUCCCUCGAGAAACUGGGAGCUCUUCAAUGGCGGAAAAUCGUGCACGGAAAUCAAGGAUGGAGACUUGUCACCGCUAACUGGUUACACGCCGGAUUGAUUCAUCUAGUCGCUAAUAUGUUAAGCCUCGUCCUCAUCGGCAUUCGCCUUGAACAACAAUUUGGAUUUCUUCGCGUGGGAUUGAUCUAUCUGUUAUCAGGAUUCGGGGGUAGCAUUCUUUCUUCCUUAUUCCUUCAAAACAACAUCUCAGUUGGUGCCUCCGGUGCUCUCUUCGGUUUACUCGGGACGAUGCUCUCCGAACUCAUCACAAACUGGACAAUCUACUCCAACAAGGCUGCAGCGUUGAUAACACUCAUCAUCAUCAUCGUUGUCAACUUAGCUGUUGGAAUUUUGCCAUUUGUUGACAAUUUUGCCCAUAUCGGUGGAUUCUUGACUGGUUUUCUUCUAGGGUUUGUUUUGCUACCUCGACCUCAAUUUGGGUGGUUAGAAAGACACAAUCUUCCAGCUGAUGUUCGUGUUAGAUCCAAAUACAAGGUUUAUCAGUAUGUGUUUGGUUUGAUGGCGUUAGUUCUUCUUGUUGCAGGAUUUACGAUGGGAUUGGUGAUGUUGUUUCAUGGAGAAAAUGGAUACAAGCAUUGCAAUUGGUGUCGCUAUUUGAAUUGUGUGCCUACUUCAAAAUGGGAGUGUAAUAGUAGUUAGUUCGUAUGUGGUAUAAUAGUGUGUGAAUAGUUGCAUAGUUUUUUUUUUCUUUGAAUUUGAUUGGUUUUGUGUUACAAAGAAAUUUUCUUUAUGAUAUUUGUAUUUUUGUUUAUGGAACUAUAUAUUUAUUCAUUAUUAGGGUACUUAUAAUGCAUCGAUUUCAAUAAAGUUUAAUGGAUUGUUAACUAUUUUUUUUACA